AUGGGUACGUAUAGUAGUCUAAGCAUAAGGGAAUACAUGUCAGGCGACAAUAAUUGCAAUAUCUGGGAGUUCGACCAUUCCAAUAAAGUAGUUCCUAGGAAUUUGGGGGAUUUAGAGAGCUCUGAGAGUUUUGAAAAUAAGUUUUCUGAGUUAUCCAGCUCUGCUCUUGAUGGUUGUCUUUGUCAGGAAUUGAACACACUACCUCUGGAUGAAAAUGAUUCUGAGGACAUGGUUUUGUAUGGUCUUCUCAAGGAAGCACUUAGUCAAGGCUGGGAACCCACAAGUAUUACACAGGACAAGAGUGAAAAGAAAAAGGAAACCCCCAAGAAGAAGCAGAAGAAAGCAGUUAUGGAAAAGCAUUACAGAGGGGUGAGAAAGAGGCCAUGGGGGAAAUAUGCAGCAGAGAUCAGGGAUUCCCACAGGCAUGGCAUGCGUGUAUGGCUUGGAACUUUUGAUACUGCUGAAGAAGCAGCCAUGGCUUAUGACCAGGCUGCCUUUGCUAUGAGGGGCUCUAAGGCUAUUCUCAAUUUUCCUGCUCAUGUUGUAAAUAACUCACUGAAGCAGGCUGAAGCAACAGAAAGCAAUUAUAAGAAUACAUCAUCCUCUGAACUUAUGAAUCCUCCAAGUUCAACUACCCAAUUCACAUCUUCUUCUGGUGAAGAUGAUUUCAGUGCCACACCAUCAUCACAGAAGAGGCCUUUUGCCAAAAGGGUAUGCAAAAGGCCAUUAGAACAGCCUGCUGAAUAG